AUGCUAGACUUAGCACAAGAUGACACAAAGAUAAUACAGCUGGCACUUACGGAUCUCUCCCAGAAACAAAGGUACAUGUACCUAAUCAGACCAGAACGUAAACCGAUGUACAAACCUCUGUAUCUGGACAUGGAUCCCCGCCACAGUGCCCAAGAUGUCGCCCGAUGUGACCUUUGUGAGGACACUAUAGCACAAAAUUAUUGUGAUUACUGUCAUAGAGAACUCAUAGAGAAAGAUACUGAAGAAUUAGAAACCAUAAUUUCUCCAACCUAUGAAGAAAUUGCCGCUGAUUUGGAAGCUCAGAUAGCUAAUAUGGAUGGAGAAUAUGGAAAACUUACAGAAGCAGUUACAGAACAUGGAAAAGAAUGGCACAAAGAAAUUGAUAACAUUAUACAGACUCGUAUUAAACAAACACUGCUAAAACUAAUUAGAAUUGAUGAAUCUAAUGAAGUGUCUAUGACUAUGGAAUACAGUUCCAAUAUCAGAGAAUUGAGCACACUUCCUUCCAAAAUUAAGGUAUCACUACCAACAUUCAGUCCAAAGUCAAAAGAUUCAGAACUUCUUUAUAAAUUAUUUGGAUCUUUAACACCAUUAUGCACCACAACAGAAAAAAAUGGUUAUACACUGAAAAACUCAGAACAAUCAACUAGAGAACUGCUGAAAGAAUCAGAAAUUAUCACCACUAUAAAUACUGGGUUUGAUAGCCUCCGCAGUGUUUCCCGUCUCAGUGAAGUAGAAAUCUGGACAAGUGGAAUGGACAGU